GACAAUCAAGAUAAGAAGCACGAUGGAACUACUGCGUUGACAACACACGAUAGCGUUGGAGUGCAGGACAGAGCAACCGCGUAAGUCCGCUGACAUUUUCUCCGGACAAAGACUUUAAGUACUGGUCGACCGGCGUUCAAUUGUUACAAACAAUUUUGAUCAAGAGCAGAAACUCUCGAUCGAGCAGCAGCAGCAGAGAUGGUCAGGGCGAUGGGUAUUGCCGCGGCAAAAGGCUUCACCGCCGGUUCCAUGCACUACACGCCCAGCGGCGUCGUGUGUCUAGCUUUCGCCUUCGUGGCCGCGGUUGCGAUCGUGGCCGUCGCCGUGUUCGGCUGCGCCGGCCACAAGAGCUCCGGCGGGAAGAAGCCUCGACGUGGUCACGGCGGCUCCUACUGGGCAGCUGGAGCGGGCGCAGGCGCAGGCGUCUAUGUUGGAGACAGCGGUGUUAGCACAGGCGGCGGAGGCUGUGGAGGAGGUGGUGGCGGAGGCUGCGGGGGCGGAGGAGGCGGAGGAGGUUGCUGAGGAAAGACAUCAUAUACAGGGGAUUAUUACUGCAAGACCCAUGAUAUUGUUUCCAUAAAUUUCACUUCAUUCAAAUAUUUGUAAAUAAUACUUUCAUUUCGAUGAUGUUGUAAAUGACCGCCCACUUGUUUACAUAUACAUAUUCAUUCAUACCAGAAGGGUUGGGCACGCUUUGCUGCACCAUUGGUGUCGUUGGGUUUCAAAAAAAAGUACUCACUCUAUUUUCAAAUAUAAGGUGUAUUACUUUUUUUUGUAAAGUCAAACGUUU